AGCAAGAUGGCGGACAAUUUGCCUUCAGAGUUUGAUGUUAUCAUUCUUGGAACUGGCCUCCCUGAAUCCAUCAUUGCAGCUGCUUGCUCUAGAAUUGGCCAGAGGGUUCUUCAUAUUGAUGCGAAAAAUUACUAUGGUGGGAAUUGGGCCAGCUUUACAUUUUCUGGGUUAUUGGCCUGGAUGGAGGAUUGCAAGCAAAAUAAGGGCAGUGAUGAGAAAUCUGUAAAUUAUCAAGAUAAGAUCCAGGAAAAUGAAGAAAUUAUUCUUCUCAAUACCGUGAACAAGACCAUUCAGAAUGUAGAAGUUUUCUGUUCUUCCAGCAGUGAAGGUGUAGAAGAUAGUGAAGAAGCUGGUUCUCUGAAUAUAAACGUUUCACUGUUAACCACAGAAAACCCAUCAACACUUCCUGUAAGUGGUCCCUCAGAUCAAGAAAACUCAACGGGUGACAUAAAUUGUGAGAUUCCUCCAGAGCAAGAUCAAAAGAAAGACCCUGAAAUUCCAGACAAAAGCGAAGAUCCAAUUGUGCCAUCAAAAUGUGAAACCACUUCAUCUCCUGAGCCAGAGACAUGUGAAGAGCAGCAGGCAGAUCCUGGUCAGAGUGUCAAUGAGAGUACUCACAGUGACACACAGAAGAUAACCUACUCUCAGAUUGUCAAGGAAGGACGAAGAUUCAAUAUUGAUUUGAUGUCAAAGUUCCUUUAUUCCCGAGGUCUGUUAAUUGAUCUACUCAUCAAAUCCAACGUUAGUCGUUAUGCAGAGUUUAAGAACAUUACUAGGAUUCUGACAUAUCACAAUGGAAAGAUUGAACAGGUCCCUUGCUCUAGAGCAGAUGUGUUCACCAGUAAGCAGCUCUCCAUGGUGGAGAAACGAACUCUUAUGAAAUUUCUCACAUUUUGUUCAGACUAUGAGCAGCACAUAGAAGAAUAUAAAGAUUUUACAGAAGUGCCAUUUUCUGAAUUUUUGAAGUCAAAACGAUUGACCCCUAGUCUGCAGCACUUUGCAUUGUAUUCCAUUGCAAUGGUGUCAGAAACCACCAAAACGCUUGAUGGGCUAAGGGCAACACAACAUUUCCUGAGGUGCCUUGGUCGUUAUGGAAAUACACCUUUCCUUUUCCCAAUGUAUGGCCUUGGAGAGAUUCCACAGUGCUUCUGCAGGAUGUGUGCAGUAUUCGGAGGAAUAUAUUGUCUUCGGCAUUCCCUUCAGUGCCUUAUAAUUGAUGCAGAGUCAAAACAGUGUAAAGCAGUAAUUGACAGCACGGGUAAACGAAUAAGCUGCAGCCAUCUCAUUGUAGAAGACAGUUACCUUUCUGAAGAUAUAUGUGCAGAUAUAAGUUACAAGCAGAUUUCUCGUGCUGUUCUAAUCACUGACGGUUCUGUUUUGAAAAGUGAAUCCGAUCAACAGAUUUCAGUAUUAACAGUUCCACCUGAUGAUGAACAACAACAUGCUGUGUACAUAACUGAGCUCUGCUCUUCUACAAUGACUUGCAUGAAAGAUACAUAUUUAGUUCAUCUGACAUGUCCCUCCACCAAGACUGCUAAAGAAGAUUUGGAACCUGUGGUUAAGAAAUUAUUUUCCCUGAACACAGAAGCUGAGAAAGUUAACCAGCUGCUUGUCACUGCUUUAGACUUCUUGAGCAUGCUGGGAGCUACCAUGUUUCCAAUAGUUGUUGAAAAAAGAGGUUUAUCCCUGUCAAAUCUGUUUGAACAACUUUUUGAGUUUUCCAACAAGGAAAUCCGCCCCCUCCGAACAGUUGCGCUUAAUGCGUAUGAAAUGGCCUUUGCCACACCAAAGCCAGUAUGGCUGGGAUGGCUACUUCUCGCAUGCAACGUUGUAUUAGAGGAGACGGGUUUCCUGUAA